AAAAUCACAUCCACCAGAAAACUUUCGCGAAGGGGGAAGACAGAGGAGCAAGUCUUUGGGACUGUCCAUUUUCGCUUUAUUUUGGGAUCCUGUAAAUGCACAAUACCUCGGCUUUUGCGAAUAUGCCUCCUGAUGUUGCUGGUCUUUGGGCGGCGGAGUUUUCCUCGAAGGCGUCUACAUCCUCGGUUCCUUCGAGCUUCCAGCUCGACGACGGUGGAAUCCUCAAUGGCAUGACUGAUUUUGAAGAGAUCGGCCUCGACGACGACAACGGAGGCGGCAGGGGCCGGACCGCGGAUGGGCGAGGAGUUGGAGCAGGCGCAGGCGGCUUCCCCGGAUUGACGCGGGAUCUCACACAUACGCAGACCAAACGAACGACCUUUACGGCCCUACAGACGAAUUUCCCUGCGCAAAUCCACCCGGUAGAUCGUCUUGCAGCUCCGGGAGCAUCCAACGGACGGUCCAAGAAGCACCUCUCAUCACCGGCGCCAUCUCGUCCUACUUCUUCUCGAGGUCUAUCGCCCGCGCGCCAUUCGACUUCCAUUCAGUCUCCCGGCGUUGCACCACUGCCCCUGGGAAAUGGUUACCGACCCAGCAUCUCUCCGUACGGACCCAAGCGAACGUCGUGGCAGAAAAAGACCAGUGAGCAGUUGGAGGAGGAAUACGACUCUGACGACGAGGUCCCACCGGAUGCAAUCUUCUACAACGUCCCGUUAUCCCCGAGAUCUUCAAAAGCGCUCGCCUCACCGACGCCGGAACCGGAACCGGAAAGUAAUAAUGAAGAAGAAACCGAGGUUGUGCCAAACGGAACGGUAACUCCGCCGCCGGAGGAUAACCAGGCCGAAAGAACACUAUCCGCUCCAUCAGCUCCAGUUUCUAUAAACGGCAACCCGUCAGACCGAGAUGGGUCGGAUAUGAGAUCGAAGAGUUGGACCGACGCCAUGAUGGAUUUGGGCUAUGAGGCAAAGGAGCUGAGCGAAGCCUUGGAGGCGCACGCGGACGCCGAGAUGCUGGUGACCGUGAACCGCCUGCAGCAGCGACGGAGUGAGCCUCUAGCUCCCAAGAAGAAGAUUACACCGCCGGCCUCAAAAGGAAAUUCAAUCGAACUACCGCCGCUCCAGGUGUCCAACGGGAUCAUCGAUCCUCUGCCGAUCAGCAAAGAAAAGGAAGCGGUAUUGUCACGGACACGCCCCAGCUGGCUACCACCAAAAUCCAAAGAUGAGGAGAAGAGACACCUCAAGGAAUAUCAACGAAUGAUGCGAAGGUCUCAAGAAACUGAGCGCAAAAGGAUUGAAAAGGAACGACACGACCAGGAAGAGAGAGACCGCUUGCAGCUGGAGUUCUCGAAUGUUUGGGAAACCAAGAUUAUCCCCAAUUGGAACCGUGCUUGCAGGGCGCCCUCGACGCGGGAACUCUGGUGGAAGGGUGUUGCUCCGCGGUGUCGAGGCCAGGUGUGGUCGUUAUCGUUCGGUAACCAUCUUGCGGUCAGCACAGAGACGUUCAAAUUGGCCUUGAAAAGGGCCAAGGAGAUUGAGAUUGGUGUCCUAAAGGCGCCAACGAUGUAUUCUGCCAGGGAAAGAGAGCUUUUCGAGGCGAUUCGUAGGGACGUUAAAACGACGUUCCCGGAGCUCAAGAUCUUCCAGAAAAAUGGUCCGUUAUACGAAAGUCUACGGGAUGUUUUGAUGGCAUAUGCCAUGUACCGCAGCGAUGUGGGAUAUAUCUAUGGUUCACAUACUGUGGCCGGAAUGCUGCUCCUCAAUCAAUCACCUGAGCAGGCUUUUGUGACACUUGCAAACAUGCUCAAUCGACCACUUCCAUUGGCAUUUCUAACGAAUGAUGAAGGAGCUAUAUCUAGAUCAUAUGGCCUGUUCCUCAAAGCAUUCCAGUACAAGCUGCCCUCCCUCUUCCGUCAUAUCCACCAGAAUCUUCAAAUCGAGCCGGAGCUCUACCUCGAGCCCAUGUUCCUGACCCUCUUCUCGCUGCAAUUGCCCGUCGACAUCACCAGCCGCCUCUGGGACAUCUACUCGUUCGAAGGCGACAGUUUCCUCGUGCGAACAGCAGUCGCGAUAAUGAUGGUGCUCGAAAACAAGCUAUAUGGCGACCGCAACGAGGUCCUCAGCAUCUUGGGUUGGAACGCAGGAAUAUUGCCCGUCGGAAAGGAAGAGGAGUUCCUUGCCAUCGUUAGAUCCGCUGGGAAGGAGGAGGUUGAGGGGGGUCCUAUUGAGCGAUUUUGAUAUCUUUUUUGCGUUGACGGUUGUAUGAUUUACACUCUUUCUCUUUUCUCUGCCUCUCACUUUUCCUUUUCCCUUUCUUUUUUACAUACCAUAACUAGAGCACUCUUUACCUUAAUUGUAAAAAAAUCUUUUUUUUGUAUUUUGUUUUGGACCGUACGGC